CUUUACCUUCACUAUUCGCUUUGACAGCACUUUACAUUACUACCUUACAUUGACCUUUCAUCUUCUUCAACGCAACAUGCCUCGUCACGUUCCGGUCACCGACACCUUUCCCGACUUUGCUGGCCACUUGUUAGACAAUGGCCGCUUCAAGCUUAUUGAACCUCUGGGCUCAGGCGCGUACGGAAAAGUCUACAAGGCUAUAGAUCUCACCUCGCCUUGUGAAAAUCCCAUAUACUUUGCCGUCAAAUGCCUUCUUAGACCCAGAUUUGGUUCGCGACAUGAAGACUUCCAGUUACGCGAGUUCACUCUCCAUCGUCUUGUCUCUAGUCAUCCCAAUAUCAUCGGCUUCCACAAGGUUCUAUAUGAUCAAACUUACGUCUACGUUGUUCUCGAUCUCUGUCUAGGAGGUGACCUCUUCGCUGCAAUCACUGAACGGAAGGCCCUCCGUCAAAACAAUGAGCUCAUCAAAUCGAUAUUCAUACAACUCCUUGAUGCUGUUCACCACUGUCAUGAAAAUGGCGUUUAUCAUCGCGACUUAAAACCCGAAAACAUUCUAUGCUCCAAAGACGGUCGGCGUGUUUAUCUUGCCGAUUUUGGCUUAUCUACGCAGAACAAAGUUUCGGAGGACUUUGGGUGUGGAAGUUCAUACUACAUGAGUCCAGGUUACUUGCACUUUACUGAUUCAUCAGCUAUGUAUUCACGCCUGUCUUUUGCAGAAUGUAUCGGCAAGGAGUUCAAGCAUGGCAGAUAUUCGACUCGCCACAGUGACAUUUGGUCGUUGGGUGUUAUUCUCACCAACAUGAUCGCUGGCCGGAAUCCCUGGCGAUAUGCAAUGACUACCGACGACUGCUUUUCUGCUUUUCUGUAUAAUCGGGACUUUCUUCGCACUGUCUUGCCCAUCUCUGAUCAGGCCAACCUCAUCCUCAAGCGCAUUUUUCAUCUCAAUCCACUCAAUAGAAUAUCUAUUCCAGAUUUAAGGCGCGAGAUUCUCGAUGUCGAUACCUUCUUCAUGUCCGAAGAUGAACUACAUCGUUCAAGUGAUGUAGUGCGCACGGCCGCAGCCAACUACGCUGCACCUCCUGUCACUCCGCUGGAAGACGCACAUGAGUGUCCAAAGACGCCCAUCGCCUCCGAGCCAGUGGCAUCCAAGAGUUUAUCAAGCGCUCCGAGAGAUUCGGAGGAAGUCUACUUGUAUGCCCGACCUACAGAGGGUCUUCAGCCGUUACCCGACCAUCCUCAUAAUUCCCUACUUGACGUGCUCGCUGUCGGAUCCAGUUCUACGUCCACUUCCGAACCAGAGAGUGCUGGCCCGAUCACACCCGAAUCUAGACCCGUGAACGAGCCUCUUGUAGAAGUGCCCGAAUUAUCGUCUGACGUGCUUGGAGGAGGUUCCAAUGCUAUCACUUUCAAUACGGUCCGUGCUACGGCGAAGAUCGAACUUAAAAGUGUACAACUUCCUCGUCACCGGGCCCCCUCUGACACAGCGUCGAGACCUCCUCCACGACGAGUAGGUAAACAAUUGUUCAGGAAGGCCGUUCAGCGCUUGAAGGCUCUGUCGGAAAGUGUUUCGAGUUGAUUUGACUGAAGUAUUGUUGUGGGUGUUUGACACACUUUUUUCUUUAUAACUUGGGCGUCGGGACGCUUCCACUCUAGUAUCCACACACUCCCUAAGUUACAUUCAUCAUAUGGCACAUCCACUUUCAUACAGUAAAAAUACUUAUAAAUGAACGAUCAGUACUUCGUAAAACAAUUUGAGUAUCAUGGUCUGUCCUGUUCACCCUGC